UCAUUUACCUUGACGAGUGCUCAUCAUUGUAACUUGUAAGAGAAGACAUUUGAUAUUUCUCCAAUCCAUAAAGAUAUUUUCCUAUCAGAUAAAAUCUAAAUUGGAAGAGCAAGUCUGGUUGGAGGAGGGACCGAUGGUGGUGUCCUACGUAGUUUGAAAAAGAACAAGAAAUAAAGAGUAUACAUAGAGAUUGUCGUAGGUAGUUGCAAGAUAAUAAGAGAAAAUGACAACUGAUUCACUCAACAUUGAAUCUAAGCAGCUACUUGUCUUUUCUUUCUUUUUUGGUUGUAAUGUAAAAUAUCUACCGGAGAGUGGUCCGCCAAGAUCAAUGGCUGCUUUGUCUCAAUGAAUGUUGGAUUGUGACUUCCCAUUACCUAAGAACCGUUUUCACCAUCUUAUCCUCACUAUUUCUGCAGUUUUUGGCUUUGGGAAGAAACUGAGUAACACUCUUGGAAUCACAAGUAACAAUCAGCUUUCUUUGAACCACCAAUUCACUUUUUAAAAUACCACUAACGCCUUACAAACACGGAACUUAAGUAUCAACAUUCAACACACCGAAAAUUGUUCUGAUGUUUUCCAUAGCAAUAUUCUUGGUUUCUUUAACUUGUCUGUGGCUAUGGGGAUGCAGCAAGAAGGGUAAGAGAUUACCUCCUGGUCCAAGAGGAUUGCCAAUCUUGGGGAGCCUUCACAAGCUGGGAGCUAACCCCCAUCGCGUUCUGCACAAACUAGCACAAAAACAUGGACCCAUCAUGUACCUGCGCCUAGGUUUUGUGCCAACCAUUGUUGUUUCUUCAUCCCAAGCUGCUGAAUUGUUCCUCAAAACACAUGACCAUGUCUUUGCUAGCAGACCACCUAUUGAAGCUGCAAAGUACAUCUCUUGGGAGCAGAGAAAUAUGGUUUUUGCUGAAUAUGGCCCUUACUGGCGCAACAUGCGUAAGAUGUGCACAUUGGAAUUACUGAGCCACACCAAAAUCAACUCCUUCAAAAGCAUGAGGCAAGAGGAGGUUGACCUAUUUAUCAAGCUUAUGAGAGAAACCGCCAGUGAUGGAGUUGCUGUUGAUCUUAGUGCCAAGGUUGCAGCACUAAGUGCAGACAUGAGUUGUAGAAUGAUUUUGGGAAAGAAGUACAUGGACGACGACUUGGACGAGAAAGGGUUCAAAGCUGUGAUGCAAGAGAUAUUGUAUUUGGCAGCAACUCCAAACAUAGGUGACUUUAUUCCUUACAUAGGUGCACUUGAUCUUCAAGGGUUAAUUAAGCGCAUGAAGAAAGUGCGCAAAAUCUUUGAUGACUUCCUUGACAAAGUUAUACAUGAGCACAUGCUAUCAGAAAACAAAAAAGACAAAGCUAAGGACUUUGUGGAUGUCAUGUUGAGCUUUGUUGGCACUGAAGAAUCUGAAUAUCGUAUGGAACAGCCUAAUAUCAAAGCAAUAUUGUUGGAUAUGCUGGUUGGUUCAAUGGACACUUCAGCUACAGCAAUUGAGUGGGCACUUUCAGAGCUAAUAAAGCAUCCAAGGGUGAUGAAGAAAGUUCAAAUGGAGUUGGAAUCUGUGGUGGGUUUGAAUAGGGUGGUGGAGGAGUCAGACUUGGACAAAUUGGAGUAUUUAGACAUGGUCAUCAAGGAAACCAUGAGGAUUCAUCCAGUGGGACCAUUACUAAUACCACACCAAUCUGUGGAAGAUUGCAUGGUUGCAGAUUUCUUCAUACCCAAAAAUUCCAGGGUGAUAAUAAAUGCAUGGACAAUUAUGAGAGACCCAAGUGCUUGGACUGAGCCAGAGGAAUUCUGGCCAGAGAGAUUUGAGGGACAAGACAUCGAUGUUAAAGGGAAACACUUCCAACUGAUACCAUUUGGGUCUGGCAGAAGAGCAUGUCCUGGAUUACAGUUAGGGCUAACUGUGGUUCGAUUAAUGGUGGCACAACUUGUGCAUUGCUUUGAUUGGAAGUUACCAAAUGGGAUGUUGCCAAGUGAGUUGGACAUGAAUGAGGUGUUUGGCCUGACAAUGCCUAGGGCCAAUAAUCUAUUUGCCAUUCCUACUUAUCGGCUCAACAAUGAAAGUGGUUAGGAAAACAAUGUAAUGGUAUUUAUAUAAUAU